CAAAGACCUGUAAACCUAGAGCCGUCAGGAGUUCACUGGCAAACCUUCACUUUUUCUCGCUCAAGAGCAUGUGUGAUGGACUUUAUGAGUUUGGAAUUUAAGUGAACGUCUGCAAAUAGAAUUAUUUUUUGGGGGGAAUGCAGACUGACAAGUAAAUAGCAGGUGUGGGCUGAGCUUUUUUGCACAACAGAAAAGGGGAGUUGUAGGUGUAGCCAUGGGGAGUGUGGGAGGGGUGAAGUGGAGGUACAGGGAGGAUGGUGGGCGGAACUGACAGAGGGGGGUGAGGCUGUCAACGGAAAGCAAUUGAAAGCGUAAGCAAGACUGUGCCUGCAAACCCUGCAAGUGCAGCAGACGGCAAAAAAAAAAAAAAAAAGGGAAACAUGCUUGGAGAGCAGCAGAAGGACGAAAGAAGGAGCAAGUGAGGAACAACAAGCCAUCAGUGGCAGGGGCGAUCUUUUUCAUCUGUGUGCGGAAGCUACUGGAUAAUUUAUAAGCCUCUCCCUGUGUGUGUCUGAGGGAGAUUUGCUGAGCUCACCACCACCAUGCUGUGUUGUGCUGCUGUCAGUGCAGCUGUCUGGCUGCUGGCAGUGCUCAGCCUGGGCCUGUCUCUUCCAGCUGAGCACAGCUCAGAGCCAGGCUUCAACCUCUGCAGCCACUGCUUCUACAGACAGACGCCUCCUCGGGGAGCCUCCACGGGGCCUCUGCCGCGCCCACGCUGCCACGCUCUGCCCGGAGGACGGGCGCUCGCCACUCUGUCCAGGCCGACCUGUGACACAGCUGUCUACUCUGCCUUCCAUCUCAGCCACGGAUGGGCAGAGGGGGAGGGAGAGGAGGGUGAAGAAGAGCUCGUGGUGGAGGACGAAGGGGACACCAUCACAGUAACGGUCCCGGCUCUUCUGAGAGGAGGUGGCCUCCCCCGUCCGGUCUCCUCCACAGACUCUUCUGCUCAACACUGGGACUCCACAGUCACCUCACUGGUUCGGUCAAGCAUCCUUCCUCGGUGCAGCACUGUGGGAGGUGAUGUCUACAUCCUGACAGGGUCAGGAGGACUCGGGUUGGCUGAUGAUGGAGAUGAGAGGUGUGGAGCAAAGCCGCUGUGGUCUGCAGUUUGCUGUGCUCUUCCAGACGCCAAGGGUAACUUCAGUGUGGCGUUAGUCAGAGAUACAGAGGAGGGGGAGAGAGAGGUGAGCAUGAAGGAGCUGGAGCAGAUUCUAGAGGUGGAGGAGAUUUUCUUUGAAGGCUGUGGUGGAGGACCAGAUGCAUCUGCUGCAACCAACGAUGGUGACAAUGGAGAUGUUGACAAAACUAAUUUAGACUCCACAGACAUGGAUUUAGAAAACAUCAGAGGGAGUGAAGAGGAAAAAGAGGAAGCUGCAUCAACCGCUUCUGAAAAAGUGGUUGUUGAAGAAGCUCAAGCAGAAUCCUCUGAUCCUGAGCUCAGCCAACAAACCCCAAUAGAUGCCAUGAAUUAUGUGAACCUUGAUGAGGAGGACUUAAACUCCACCAGCACUCUGGUUUACGUCCUGUCCACCAGCUGGUCCAUCAUUCAAGCCCCUCUGUGCCCUGUCUUCUCCACUAUUACAGAGUUACCUGGACAGGUCGUCUACAUCCUUCAGGAGGACCUUGGAGUUCUCUCUGCCCUUCCCGGAGACAUAUUCACCCUGAUGCACCUCCUGACCUCUGACCUCCUCUCCUUGAUAGGCUUUGCAUCAGAAAUGCUGUUAGGAAUUGGGGAGAUGUGCCUCUCAAGUAUUUAUAAUUGCACUUUGUUGAUGAUGGGGGCCCUGUUGAAUAGCUGCCUUACUGGGGUCAGUGGCAUUGGAACGCUAGCUGGAGACACGGUGGGGAUAUUUGGUGGCGCUUUGGAUAACAUCUGGUUGGUGACUACGUUCUUUGGAGAAUGGCUGUGGGAGCAGACUGAGGGUUAUCUGGGAACAGUGAUUUCGGAAACGGGGAGUCAAGCUCAAGCUGUAGGUGAAGGGCUGGGCAAGCUGACACUGAAAACUGGAAAUGGAAUUACCAAUGUGUUCAGGCUGGGAGGGGGCUUGAUUAUGGAAAUAGUGGAAAUGACCAUCGGAUCAGUGAAAGAGGCCUUUGGUCUGGAAUCACAGUAAAAAUUUAUAUAUAAAUGUGAUAUUGAAUAAACUGUUUCCCUCUUUUUCCCCCCCCUAAAUUUGCUGCAGACAGAAAAAAACUCAAAAUGAAGACCAUAUCACCUGAUAUGCCUUGAUUGUCUUAGAUGUUUUAUAUGUUAUUGAUUCCCUCGUCUACUUAAGUACCUACUAUAUUUGAGACUUAGAUUUAAAAAAUAAUAUGUGCCCACACUGACCUUGGAAGUAGUUGUUUAAAUUUAUGGGAAAUUCCAGGAUAUACAACUUUAAAUAAAAAAAAUGCAUAUUUUCA